GAGGAGGAGCAUGAGUGAGGCGGAACCCCGAGAGACUGAAGCGGUUACACAGCCGGAACCGGCACCCGAGAUCCACAAGCCGGACAUUGUCCCGCCUCGGAACCAGAUCAACAAGAAGCUUCUCGCCACCCAAGUGCAGGGAACAGUCAAGUGGUUUAACGUCCGCAACGGUUACGGAUUUAUCAACAGAAAUGACAGCAAAGAAGAUGUGUUUGUGCAUCAGACUGCAAUAAAAAAGAACAAUCCACGGAAGUUUCUGCGCAGUGUGGGUGAUGGUGAGACGGUGGAGUUUGAUGUCGUAGAAGGAGAGAAGGGAGCAGAGGCAGCCAAUGUGACGGGCCCAGGAGGGGUCCCAGUUAAAGGGAGUCGCUUUGCCCCAAACAGACGCAGGUUUCGCCGGCAAUUCUACAGGCCCCGUGCGGAUACUGCGGGAGAGUCUGGGGGUGAAGGGGUUAGUCCUGAGCAGAUGAGUGAAGGGGAGAAAGGGGAGGAGACUUCCCCACAGCAGCGACCCCAGCGUAGGCGACCCCCUCCAUUCUUCUACAGAAGGCGCUUCAGAAGGGGUCCCAGACCCAAUAACCAACAGAACCAGGGAGCAGAGGUUACAGACCAGUCUGAGAAUAAAGACCCUGCUGCCCCCACAUCAGAAGCCCUGGCUAGUGGAGACGGCCAGCAGAGACCACCCCCUCGCAGGUUCCAGCAAAGAUUCCGCAGGCCUUUCCGUCCUCGCCCCCCACCUCCACAGACCCCAGAAGGGGGAGAUGGAGAAGCCAAAGCUGAAGGUGAACCACAGAGGCAACGUAACCGACCGUAUGUCCAACGGCGCAGGCGCCAACAACCACCCACAGUCCAGGGUGAGAGCAAAGCGGAACCAAGUGAGCACCCUGCUUCUGAAGAAGGAACCCCUAGUGAUGCACCCACAGAUGAUGGAGCACCCGUUGAGACAUCAGAAGCAGGAGUGGAGGAUACAACUGCCCCAGAAUGAACUCAGUCGCUGGUAGUCAUGGGCAUCUAUCAGGGGCAACAGGUGCCAGCGCCUUUCCAUCUUCGGCUGCACUGGAUUCCAGGAAAUUUUCGGGACACGGCAAUAUUUCACUUUAAAUAGGGGGUGUGUUUCCUCUGCACUGUUUGCAUUGGUGGGAGGGGCUUGUUUUGCACUUUGUUUGGGGGGUUCAGUUUUAUUGCACAGUGGUGCAGCAGUAAAGAUGGAACU